AUGAGCGAUUUAACGAAAAAACAAACUGGGUACAAGACUCUGAGGAGGCGUUUGAAAGCAAGACAAAGGGCAAUCAAGGUAAUCAAAACAAUUCCUUAAGAUCUGAAGUUUAUUUGAGGUAGCUGAUUAUGAUAUUUGUUUCAAUUAAUUCGUGUUUGAUUUGUCGCAGUAAUUCGUUAGAAUUCAAUUGAAGUUUAUGACUAAAUUUUGAUACGCACAACAUCAAACAUCUGAACUAUAAUUAAUUUUACCGGUUGUUGUUAUUGUCCUGUUUGUUUGUUUGUUUGGUUUUACCUUUAGCUAAUAAUCCGCGCCAAAACAUCGAGAAAACGACUGAUUAAAUAGUUGCAACUGAUCGAUAGAUCAUUAAGCUGUUUGGUUAGCGUACAAAACACACUGUCAAAAGUACCUCUUCAGGACAUAUUUAGGGUUGCAAAUUUAAUUUCAACGCUACUUUCAACGCUUACCCUCGGACUUAGAAAGAGGGGGUUGGGAGUUAGGUGGUUGUCACCCCAAUGGUUGCAGUUGAUUGAUAGAUCAUGUUUAAGUGAGAAUGCAUGUUUUCUCAACUUCUUUCAGCAAUAAUAGUCAAGAUGGCGACCAUUGUUGGUGACGCCACAGGCCUCCGGUAGCGCUACUACCAAUAAAAAUAUACCUCAUCUCAAUAAAAUUUACCUCAUCUUGUUGAGAUCAAGGGCUUUUCCGUAAUGGCAAAAUCCUUUUAGAAUACUGCAACAUAUCUCUAGGGAGGGGUUUCUCCCCCCCCCUUCCCCAACCCCCGACCCCUGCAUUGGGUAUGAAUUUGCGUAUAGGUCCGAGGGUUAAAAUAAGUGUUCGGUUGUGAACGUUUCUGUUCCGGCUAAACACUUACUAGAGUACAAACUAAAUACUAAUUUCCUUCUGUUCGCAGUUUUUAAGGAACAAGGUUGCUUGGCUCGAGCUUCAGCUAACUCUUCAUUAUGUCGAAGAUCGUAGAACUGAAGAAUGUGAUGAAACCUAUGUGGAUGAUUUGUUUGACGACUGCAGAAAGUGUCAACUUCUAAGAAAGAUGCUAGACGCCGCGCCUAUACCACUGGUGUGGGUUAUUGUUAUUUGCUUAAUUAAUGAUUAUUAUUAUUAUUAUGAUUAUUAUGAUUAUUAAUUUUAAUUUUACUAUUAUUACUAUUAUUAUUACUAUUAUUAUCAUUAUUGCUAUUAUUAUUAUUAUUAUUAUUAUUAUUAUUAUUAUUAUUUGAUAAUCUGACCACCACAUCACCAAGCACGUGCGAAGAAAAAUAAUAUUAAAUAACAUUUUCUUCUCACUUGCUUAGUGAUGUGGAAGUGGGAUUACAAAUAACUAAAUAAAUAAACAGAACUAAUAAUGCAAGCUGAAUAGUAAUAAAAAAUAACACCGUAAUUCAAAAGAUCUAAAACUUCCUUUCAAUAACUUCACAGUCAGUAACACACAAGUUUACAAAGUAAGACUCGUGAGUUUUUCGUUGGCUGUGCCCAAAAGACGCCUCCUAAGGGAACCUGAAAAGAAAAUUGUCCGCUUUUAGAAUUCAGGAUCCUGAGUUUUGGAAUCCGGAAUACUGCUCAAGGAAUCCGGAAUCACACUAACGAUUAAAAUGUGGUAUCCAAGCUCCCGUGGAAAUAAUACGGUAUCCAGUAACUGGAAUCUGGCGUGGCUAAACAGAUCCAAGGACUGUUUGGAUUCCCUUACAUUGAAUGCGGCGAUAGGAGCUUUCAAUCUAGGUUCAGCGGUGGUUGCUACGACAGUGCUAUUUCAAGCUGCUGGCACGAUCUUUUUUCAAUCUUCAUGUCUUUAAAAUAGCACACAUUUUUUUAUGAAAGUGAGUUAUCUACUAAUACAUAAAAUCAUACUUUGUGUAUUUGAAAGGGUUGCCUUUCAUUCACUUUGUUUUCCGGUCUCAAUAUCUAGAUUCCUGGGUUACGAGUUCUACAACUCUAUCUAAAUUCAUCUCUCUGUCAGAUCCCAGGUUUAAGUGAUUGCUCCCAGGACGAAUUGGAUGAAACAGUAGCUGUAAUUCCUAAUUCAGUGGCGACCAGCCUCGCAGGUGAGGAUUUUACCGUCACGAUUGAUCCAUCUCACCAUUCACUGGACCAACAGCAAGACGCUGACGCUCCCAAAGUACUUCCGAGAGGGAAUGAGCUUUUCAGCCGAGGAUCAUCCGAAAAAAUCUGUUGUAUUUUACUCGUUGCUGUUGCUAUUCUACUUGUUAACUGGAUGUGA